GUGGAAGGGAUUUUCUACGUGAACGAUUCUCUGGAGAAGCUGAUGUUCGAGGAGCUUCGUAACGCAUGUCGAGGAGGAGGUGUGGGCGGGUUCCUGCCYGCCAUGAAACAGAUCGGGAAUGUGGCGGCGCUGCCCGGGAUCGUUCACAGGUCCAUUGGACUUCCUGAUGUCCACUCAGGCUACGGAUUCGCCAUCGGGAACAUGGCGGCCUUUGACAUGAAUGAUCCAGAUGCUGUCGUGUCUCCAGGGGGCGUCGGCUUCGACAUAAACUGUGGCGUCCGUCUCCUGAGGACAAACCUGGACGAGCGGGACGUCCAGCCCGUCAAAGAACAGCUGGCCCAGUCUCUGUUUGACCACAUCCCAGUCGGAGUCGGGUCCAAAGGGGUCAUCCCGAUGGGAGCCAAGGACCUGGAGGAGGCUCUGGAGAUGGGAGUGGACUGGUCUCUGAGGGAGGGCUACGCCUGGGCCGAGGACAAGGAGCACUGCGAGGAGUACGGCAGGAUGCUGCAGGCCGACCCCAACAAGGUGUCGUCCAAGGCCAAGAAGAGAGGCCUGCCGCAGCUGGGAACUCUGGGAGCAGGAAACCACUACGCUGAGAUCCAGGUGGUGGACGACAUCUAUGACGACUACGCAGCCAAGAAGAUGGGCAUCGACCACAAAGGCCAGGUGUGCGUGAUGAUCCACAGCGGCAGCCGAGGCCUCGGACACCAGGUGGCCACAGACGCUCUGGUUGCCAUGGAGAAGGCCAUGAAACGUGAUAAGAUCACGGUAAAUGAUCGCCAGCUGGCCUGCGCUCGCAUCACCUCCCAGGAGGGUCAGGACUACCUGAAGGGCAUGGCGGCUGCAGGAAACUACGCCUGGGUCAACCGGUCCUCCAUGACAUUCCUCACCAGACAGGCCUUCUCCAAAGUCUUCGGCACCACGCCCGACGACCUGGACAUGCACAUCAUCUAUGACGUGUCUCACAACAUCGCCAAGGUCGAAGAGCACAUGGUGGACGGGAAGCAGAGGACCCUGCUGGUUCACCGUAAAGGAUCGACACGAGCUUUCCCUCCACAUCACCCUCUAAUCCCUGUAGAUUACCAGCUCACGGGUCAGCCGGUUCUGAUCGGGGGAACCAUGGGAACCUGCAGCUACGUUCUGACAGGAACUGAACAGGGAAUGACGGAAACGUUCGGCACCACCUGCCACGGAGCGGGUCGGGCUCUGUCCCGGGCCAAGUCCCGCAGGAACCUGGAUUUCCAGGACGUUCUGGACAAACUGGCCGACAUGGGCAUCGCCAUCCGAGUGGCUUCACCCAAACUGGUGAUGGAGGAGGCUCCAGAAUCGUACAAAAACGUGACMGACGUGGUGAACACGUGUCACGACGCUGGGAUCAGCAAGAAGGCCAUCAAACUCCGACCCGUCGCUGUGAUCAAAGGCUGACCACUCGACUUUAMUCUGCCGGGUCAGGUUCUGAUCCGGUUCUUUGGUUUUGAAAUUAAACUCAGAAAACUGAACUUUCUGUUUCCACUCUGUGGUGAAGGGUUUAAAUCUAAGGGAAACUUUUGUUUUUCUGUUUCACAACCUGAAUUUUUCACAGGAAAAGUGCAGAAUUUGAGCCUUUAGGACUUUUAUUGUGAAACAUUUGACAGGAAGUGAAUUUUUGAAAGUUAUUAAUUUAAAUAAAAAUGAUCUGAAUAAUG